GGAAAAAAAAAAAAGAGGAAGACGAGGAGGAGAAGGAGAGAAGGAGAAGAUGAAAGUAGGUGGAGGAGGAGGAGAGAAGAAGAAGAAGACGAGAGGAGGAGGAGGAGAAGGAGAGAAGGAGAAGACCAAAGUAGGUGGAGGAGGAGGAGGACAGAAGAAGAAGAAGACGAGAGGAGGAGGACGACGACGGCGACAAUAAAGAAAACCAAUGAAAUCGGGACGGGGAGGAGGAGGAGGAGGAGGAGGAGGAGGAGGAGGAGGAGAAGAAAGGAGGAGAAGAAGACCAAAGGAGGACGAGGUGGAUGAGGAGGAGGAGGAGGAGGAGGAGGAGGAGAGAAGAAGACGAAAGGAGGAGGAGGAGAAGAAAGGAGGAAGCGGAGAUAAGAAGACGAAAGGAGGAGGAGGAGGAGGAGGACGACGACGAGGAGGAGAAAAAAGGAGGAGGAGGAGGGGAGGAGGAGAAGAAAGGAGGAAGAGGAGAGAAGGAGACGAAAGGAGGAGAAGGGCGAGGACGAGGAGGAGAGAAGAAGACGAAAGGAGGAGAAGGAGAGAAGAAGACGAAAGGAGGAGGAGGAGAGAAGAAGAUGAAAGGAGGAGGAGGAUGAGAGAAGAAGACGAAGCGAGGAGGAGGAGGAGGAGAGAAGAAGCCGAAGGGAGGAGGAGGGGAGGAGGAGGAGGAGGAGGAGGAGGAGAGAAGACAAAAGGAGGAGGAGGAGGAGAAGAGGAGGAAAGGAGGGGGAGGAGGAGGAGGAGGAGGAGAGGAGGAGAGGAGAAGAUGAAUACGAAAGGAGGAGGAGGAGGAGAGGAAGAAGAAGAAGAGGAGGAAGGAAAGAGGUGGAGGAGGCUUCACCACGGUCCAGGGCGUCCCGGCCGGUUGGGUGCCCCGGUUUGGGGCCAGACGAGCCCAGCACAAUUUCGCGCGGGGGGGGGGGKGGAGGGCUUUUUCGGCUAGUGGUCGCCUCCCCAGCCUCCAGGAACACAAGUUUUUUUUUUUGGUUUUUGAUCUACGACCAGUUUUAGGGGGCGGGGAAGGUCUUCUUCGGCGAUUGAUCCCAGUCGCCGAUCUGCAAAGAUCAGUGGCUGAGAUCAGCUGCCAGGAAAUGGGUUCCCCCUCUGGCGGGCUGCGAUGCCGCGUUCGAAUUCGAACGCGGUAUUCCCCUUUGCGAAGCCCAUCGUUGCUGCCAUUGCGAAGCCGCCCGUCGUCACUGCCGCCGCGAAGCCCGCCCGUCGUCGCUGCGGCCGCAAAGCCUGCCCGUCGUCGCUGCUCCCCCUCGAGAAGCCCUGCCCGUCGUUGCUGCCCUUGAACCUGCCAAACAAAGGCCAGGCCACCAG